AUGGCAGCCUGGGUCAGUGGUAGUGAGGAGAGACAUUAUGACAUGAAAUUCCCACCAUGUCCCGUCAAAUUGAAGGAUGGUGAUACAUGCUGCUCUAUCUCAUCGGUAUCAUUGGAUGAAUGGGCUGAAUGCAGAAAAAGAUUCCUCUUUUUAACUCCACCCAAUGAAAGUGUAGACACUGGAAAUGGUUCCCUACUGCUUGAUGAUCAAUUUCGUGGUCAGUUAUUUGUUAAAGGUACCUGGGUUGCUGAUUGGAUUGAGGAUAAUUUGCAUACUGGUGUUAAUUUUUGUGAAUUGAGAAUCGAUAGAGAUAGAAAUGCUGUAUCUCAGCCAACCGAGAUUGAUCAUAAGUUGAGUUCUAUGUGGCCACGUGCUUUAGAACAAAGAAGCGAUUUAGCUGGCAGAUACUUUGAUUUAUUGGCAAAUAAUCCUAACUGUAGAGAUGUGAGGCAUGCCAAUACAUAUGCCAUGACAGAAACAACAGCAGCUCUGAUGGCUGAACAGUUCCGCAAAGUGAAUGACGAUGCCUUUCCAGUAAUUGACUCUUUUGCCUGGCAAGAACUUGGUAAAGUACAAGAUGAAAUACAGAGAAAGGUCGUGCGCUGCAAUCAAACCUUGCUGAAUCUUUUACACAAAUCUGGUCGCUACACUACUUUAGAAGAAGCCAGGGAAGCCAUGAAAACCAAAACACUGCUUGUGAAACCAUUUGCACGACUUACUGAUGAUCAACGAAGUAUUUUGCAGCAUGGAAUAAAGUUAGCUAAUCUAGUUGAACCAAAAUUAGAAUUAUCUAUGAUAGAUGUCAUUGACACCAAAGAUGAAGAGAAACCAGUGAUUCGUGAUAAGAGAAUAGAGCUUCCUUUUUGGAUGCUGGAUAUCGAAAUCGUUCACAAGUUUGGAAAAAUGUGUGGAGCUGAGAAAUGCUUAUGCAGAGAAAUUCGUAUCUGUAACAGUCUUAUCACACUGCGUAGAGAUCACAUUCCACAGAAGGUUACCAAGCAUUCCAGAGAACCAGGCAUAGACCAAUCCAUUAUGAAAAUUGUGUCUCACUUUGUUAGUCCUGAGUGUCAGAGGACAUCUCCUUACUGCACUGAGUUACAUGCAGUUGGACAUGUUCUGGACUACUCUGAAACUCAUGCUCAUUGUGUUACAGUAGAAGAAGAACUAAGAAGUAAAAUAAAGAGAUUAGAGAUUGAUCUCAUGGACUAUGAAAAAAAUUUCCAAGAUGAACUUAAGAAGAUGCGUGGAAAUAAUGCCAUUUUGGAGAAACAACUGAUGGAUUCAAUGGUCAGGAACACAGACUCUGAUUCCAGGAUCAAGGAAAUAGGAGAACAAUAUGAAAAACAAUUUCAAGAUCAAAAAAGAAGAUGGCAGAAAUCAAUUCAAGACAAAGAUGCACAUAUUAAGGCACAAGAAGAUGAUAUUUUGGAGUUAGAAAAAGAUUUGAAUCAUAAGAAUCAGCUACUGGAUAAUAGAGAAAAGCAGUUGGAAGGGUACUCCAAGACAUUGGACCAUAAACACACUGUGAUGGUGGAGAAGGUCACACACUAUAGAGACAAACUUAAAGAAAAGGCAAACGAUGUACUUACAGCUAAUAGAACACAAGAAUAUGCCUCCACUCUUUGUAACGAGGUUGCUAGUAUUUGUAAAGACAUAUGCACAGAGUUAGAGGCUCAGCCCUAUAUUUGCAACAUUUGUACAAUUAAAAGAAGAUCACAUGUGUUCUUGCCAUGCUCACAUUACAAGUUUUGUGAAGACUGCGCACAUAAACUUUUCAAAGAGAAGAAAGGAUGUCCAAUCUGUAAACAACCCAUUGCAAGUCUAACAAAGAUAUUUGAAUAGUUAGAUAACUAGGCAAGCCAGAGUGCAUUAUUAUUUGUUUGAAUGCAUCGUGUCUCGAUCUUGUCAUCAUUUUGUAUUUCUAUUAUAGAUAGUGAAAUAGAUUACAUUACAUGACAUUUACCAACUGCUCUUUUAGCAAUGACAUCUUGUCCACAGUCAGCUGGCGUACAAGUGAUAAUAAAAUUUACUGAUAUUUACUAUA